AUGACCCCGUGCUUCUUCAACGGAUGUCCCAACCCCCCCUCGACCCCCCACUCGACCAAGUGCUUAUUUCAUUACCACCGAGGCAUCUGCCUCGUGGAUGACUGCCGCAACCAAGUGUACGCACGCAGUCUGUGUGUCCGCCACGGCGGCAAACGGCAAUGUCAAUUCCAAGGCUGCACCCUCAACAGGCGCGUGGGCGCCUUCUGCACCAAGCACGGGCCCACGGACGCGGUCCGGCGGUGCUCCCACGACGGGUGCUCGAGCCAAGCCCAUUUGCGCGGCAAGUGCUUUCGGCACGGCGGCUGCCGGUUCUGCAAAGUCGACGGAUGUGUCACGUACGCCCGGAACCGUGGGUACUGCGCCCGCCACACCCCCAAGAACGACAAAAUUCACAGCGACCGCCUUGUCCAGUUCGAACAAGUCGAGCCAGCAACACCCCCCGAUGUAAUGUCGUGCAGCGAUUUGUUCUGGAUCCAGCGGGCCCUGUUGCAAAUUGAACCCCCAAUUUUGGACAAUGCGACGACGCUGGGCAGUUCCGACUUGCACUGGCAAGAGACGCAAAGUUGGCACGACGUGAUGACUUUCUUGCUUGCAGAUGUGUGCUAG